CUCUAAAACGUAGUUGCGAAGAAAAAAUUAAAUAUUUUUGUGUAUUUUGCGAGUGUUUCAAUUGUUUUAACAAUACAGAAAACAUAGAUUAACUAACAUAUUCGAACGCGUAUUCGCAAUGUGCAAUAUUUUCAGCGAUUUGUAUGUAUAUAAUCUGUAGCUGUUGUACCUGAUUCGUUGCGAUUUUCGUGUGAGCUGCCUUAAAAGUGGUGGAAAAUGUGUGCAACAAAAAACAUGCAAUUGCCACUAACUAUGCACAUUGGGCAGUCAGCGGCAACAGUGCGUUAGUUAAUAUAAUAACAAUUUUUUUGAUGUGGUGCAAGUGCGUUCAAAAACGCGAAAACUAGCUAAACGACAAAAAAAUUCGCGCGUGCAACACAAAAUUGCGCCAAUAAGCGAACGACGACGUUUCUGUCUGUUUCUGUUUUAUUGCAUUCCUGCUCGCACACAUACAUACAUACGAUACAGAGCAACAGAGAUUUUCGUGCAUACAUAUGCAUAUGUAUGCAUGCAUACACACACAUAUACCCACAUGCAUUCACGCAAUAAACGCAGCACAACAACAACAAACAACAAACAUUGGCUGCAACACAAAUGUUUUGUUUCAGUGUAAUUGUUGAUUUUGCCAUCAAACGGCCACGCGCGCCAACCAUCGCAUAGAAGAAGUGUAAACAAUAUAUAAAAAUACAGGCGAAACUCGAAUUGAAGUACGCUCGUUGAACAACUGGCAUCUGGUCAAGAUGUCGCGCUGGGGCAAGAACAUUGUUGUGCCGCUGGACUCGCUCUGCAAGGAGAAGGAGAACACCAAUCGGCCAACAGUUGCCCGCUCGGUGGGCACCGUUGGAAAAUGGGGCAAGAUGGGCUUCACCUCGACCCGCACCUACACGCUCUCUGCUUUGCAUCCGAUGGCAGCAGCGGCGGCUGCUGCUGCUGCUGCCGCUAGUCCCGCCCAGAGUCCGGCCUCCACACACGAUCACGAUCCCAAUGAUAUGUCGGUGUCCGUGCCGGAGCCUCCGAAGCCCAAGAAGUUCUUCAAGUCGCGCAAUGCGGCGCCGCCAGAGGUGAUAGCACAGAUUAUACAACAGCUGCCGCACUGUGUGGCAGGCACGUCACCGAUGCGGGAUCAGGCAUCGUCUGCGAUACACAUGACACCCACACGGGAGCCCAUCAAGCUAAAGCUGGCUAAAGGCAGCUCCGCAGAGCGGAAGCGCAAGUCACCCAAAAAGAAGGCAGCGGCUACGACGGCGGCAGCGGCGGCGGCGGCGGCUGCUUUAACGCCCGGUGCGUUUAGCGCCGCCGAACUGAGCGACAGCUUGGCCCUAGAUGCCGAUCAAAUGGAUAUGGCUACCGGUGCAUCACCCACAGCUGAGCCUAAGGGAAAGAAGAAGAAAUUGAAGGAGGAGAAGAAACUAAAGCCAGAGGCGCCGCCGUCACGGAUUUUGGGACGCGCCCGCAAAGCGGUCAACUACUGCGAAGUGGAUGAGGACGAACGCUAUCCCACGCCCAUCAAGGAUUUGAUCAUUCCCAAAUCACGGGCGCCCGAAACAACAACAGCAUCACAGGAUGUUGCCAUACCUGCGUCAGCAGCCGCAGCAAUCCCAGCAGGAGCAGCCGGAGCAGCUAUAGUUCCAGAUGGCAAUCCAGCGCUUCCUCCGCCAGCAACGGCGCCCAGCGCAGCAGCUAUUGGCUCCAUUGGUGGAGCAGUAGCAGCAGCAUCAUCCUCCUCUGCUUCCACAGUGCCAUCUGCAUCCGCCUCGUCUAGUGCUUCCCGAACGCCCGAACAUCCGCCAAUUGUUCUGCGCAUUUCCAAAGGCACCUCACGUCUAGUCAGCACGGACAGCGAGGAGCCGCCAAAUUGUUCGCCUGCCCAGCAGCAUCUGUCAUACGAGACGCCCAACGAAGCGCUGCUUGAUCAUCCAGUCGAUGUUUUAGUUCCUGCACCAAAAAUAACUGUAAAACCGCUGCGUCUGCCAACAGCAAAGUCGGCAAAGGACGACGACGCCACAGCAGCCGGUAACAGGGAGUUAUUGACAGAGACUGCGACCGACAACAACAACAGCAGCAGCAGCACUAGCAACAACGACGACGAAGAGCAAGAGGAAGAGGAACAGGAGGAGGAGGAAGAGGAAGAGGAGGACGAUGAAGAAGAGGAAGAGCCACCCGAAAUCAAUUAUUGUACAGUGAAAAUCUCACCAGACAAACCGCCCAAGGAACGACUGAAACUGAUCAUCAAAACGGACGUCAUACGAAACGCAAUUGCCAAAGCAGCCGCCGCAGCAGCUGCCAAAGCCGCUGGCGAGGAAUCGCGCAGCGAAAAAAAAUCCAAAAGCAAAAAGCAUAAGCAUUUGAAGCACGCCCAGCUAGUCGAACAAGUGCAGCCCAGCCAGACGGUAACAGCCUCCGCGGCCAGCGAAUUAGCACAGAGCUCUGAAUUUAAGACGCCCUCGCCUCACCUGGCAUUGAAUGAGCAACACCAGCACCAGCAGCAGCACCCGCAUCAGCAGCAAUUGCAGCAGCAACUGCAUCGGGGUGCGGUUAUAUCACCUACGACACGCUCGGACCACGAUUUCGAUUCGCAAUCCUCGGUGCUAGGCAGCAUCUCCUCCAAGGGGAACAGCACGCCGCAGCUGUUAGCGCAGGCCGUGCAAGAGGAUAGCUGUGUGAUACGUAGUCGCGGCUCGAGUGUCAUAACGAGCGAUCUAGAGACCAGUCAGCACUCAUCGCUGGUAGCGCCACCCUCGGACAUUGAGUCGCGUCUGGAGUCCAUGAUGAUGACCAUGGAUGGCAAUAAUGCAGGAGGAGCUGCAGCUGGAGCUGGAGCGGCAAUAGUAGCAGCAGCAGCUGCCACUUCCACAGGCGGAGCAGACCAAACGGAUAGUCGUCUGCCACUCGUGGAGCAGCCGCUACAGCAGGACAUUCUGGCGGUGCUGCGUGGCGAUGCGGUGCCGCGUCUCAAUGGUGCUGACGAUUCGGUGUCGGCGUUGGCAUCGGCAUCGGCUUCAGCCGAGUCCAAGCAUUCAAAGCGUACAACGCGAGGACGUGCGCGUGGCAAGGCCAACAACAACACAAAUAAUUCGGCGGAGUCCACAGCGCCGACGGAAACGCGCACAAGAACGCGAGCGAAGCCCACAGAGACAUCGCCCACGUCCACGACAGCCACCUCGACCUCGGCCACGCCCUCCAAGCGUGCCACACGUGCGCGUGGCAGCAAGCGAUUGGAAACGGCAGCAACAGCUGAGGAUAUGGAACUGGCUGAGUCGCCAGAGAAGGCCUUGCUGGAGUCAGUUGAGCCAUCGGCAAGUGAGGCACUGCCACGACGUGGACGCGCCGCGGCGCGUGCCAUCAACAACAAUUUGGCCAGCAGCAACAACAACAACAGCAGCAGCAACAACAACAACAUCAAUAAGAUCGCUGCUAAUUUGUCAGCGAAAGCUGAGGCCAGUCGUGCCACCGACAAUGGUGGGUCAAAUGCUGUUGCUGGCGGUGCGGCAGCUGCUGCUGCAGCUGGCACGCGCAGCUACGGUCGCAAGCGUAAGAAUCAGCAGGUGACGCAACUGCUGCAGCAUGCCGAAUUGUCGGAGGCGGUCAGCUCAGCGGACCAGCUGAGUCAGGAUUCGGAGCUGAACGAGGCGCAGCCAACGCCGGCCAAGGUGCCGCACACAGAGCUGGACCCGGAUGCGGAGCCAGAUCCCGGCAUGGACGAGCUGUCGAACACCUCGAAUGGGUCCUCCAUGCAACAUGAUGGCUCGUCCUCAUCGCCGCCGCCGCGUGACUACAAAUUCAAGGAUAAGUUCAAGCGCACCAUCACGCUGGAGAACCAGGUGCCGGGUGCAGGUGGUGCUUUGGCUGCUGCAGCCGCAGCCGCAGCCGCAGCAGCAGCAGCUGCGGCCACCGGCGCAGAGGCCACCUCGAGCAGCGUCACCAAUGUCAGCAGCAGCGAGGAGACGCAGCGCGGCGCCGUCAAGCUGGUCAUCUCGAAGAAGAAGGGCAGCAUAUUCAAAAGCCGAGCGCUGGUGCCCUCCGACCAGGCCGAGCAGGCGACAGUGGCCAAACGGGCUCUGUACAAGCACAGCUGGGAUGCAGCACUGGAGGCCAAUGGCGCCGGCACUGGCAGUGAUGCAAGCAAUGCGUCCGCCUCAACGGCAGCGGGCGGUGCUGGCGCCAAAGCGGAUGGCUUGGCUGCCAGCAAAGCAGCCACCAUCGAUGCCAUCUAUGGCGACUUCGGCGAUAGCAAUUCCAACAACAAUACCUGCAGCAGCUCUGCCCUGCGCGGCGAGAGUCCCGCCCUGGGAAAACUGAGCCGCCUGGCCAAACCGCAGCACAACGCCCAAUCCUUGACAGCGACCUCUAGCGAUGCCUUCGACAUGGAUCUGGAGCCGAAUGCCGAUGAGGGAGGCUGUGGAGGUGCCGGCGGUGGCAAUGGCAGUGGAGGAGUUGUCGGCGGAGGGGCCGGCGAUCGCACGGGUCUCCGUGUGGACCGCAAGACCAAGGAAUACUACACAGUGGUGCGGAAUGUGAAGACUGCGCAUCAGAUACAAGAGAUUGGCGAAUACCAGGAGAUGUACGACGAUGUGGAAUACAUAUUGGAUGCAUUGCAGCCGCACAAUCCGGCGCCCACGCGUUGUCUGUCCGCCCUGCAGUUGGCCACCAAAUGCAUGACGCCCGCCUUUCGUAUGCAUGUGCGUGCCCACGGCGUUGUUACUAAGUUCUUCAAGGCGCUCUCCGAUGCCAACAAGGAUCUGAGCCUGGGUCUCUGCACAUCGGCCAUUAUGUACAUACUGUCGCAGGAGGGUCUGAACAUGGAUCUCGAUCGGGAUUCGCUCGAGCUAAUGAUCAAUUUGCUGGAGGCUGAAGGUGUGGGCGUGGCCGCGCACACAGAUCGACCCAAUUACGAGCGAAACAAGCAGAAGGUGCGCGAACUAUGCGAGGAGAUUAAAGCGCAGGGCAAGGGCACCCAUCUGAACGUGGAGUCCAUAACGGUGGGCACUUUGGCCAUGGAGACGCUGCUCUCGCUGACAUCUAAGCGUGCGGGCGAAUGGUUCAAGGAGGAUCUACGCAAACUGGGCGGCCUGGAGCACAUCAUCAAGACCAUCUCAGAUUUCUGCCAGCCAGUGAUUGCUACAGCGGCGACAGAUAUGGCACUGGUCACCUGGGAGCCGGCGCUUCUCGACAACAUGCAGACAGUGGCGCGCUGCUUGCGUGUCCUCGAGAAUGUAACGCAGCACAACGAGGCGAAUCAACGGUAUAUGCUCACCUAUGCCAACGGCCGGGCUGUGGAUACACUGUGUUUCCUAUAUCGUCUCUGCGAUCGACAGCUGCUGCUGCAUCCCUCGACGACGGAGCAGAAUAGCAGCAAAGAGCAUCCGGGCGUUGCAAUGCGUGAACUCCUAAUACCCGUCAUGAAGGUGCUCAUCAACCUGACGCACACGUUCAAUGAGGCGCAGCCCUCACUGGGCGCCGAGCUGCUGGGCAAACGUAGCGACGUCAUCGAGACGAGCUUCCAUCUGCUGCUGCUCGCAUCCAGCUACAUUCCGGAUCGUUGCGUCUUCGAGCUGAGCAUUUUGGUGCUCACCCUGCUUAUUAACCUGUGCAUGUACACGCCGCAAAAUCGCGCCACACUGAUGCAGGCGAAUGCGCCGGCCGAAUAUGUGGCCGACAAUCCAACGCCUGGCGAUCAGCCUGUCAGUGCGGUGCAAGCGCUGCUCGAGUACUUCUACAAGUGCGAGGAGCUAGCCAGAUUGGUGGAGAAGAACACGGACGCGUUCCUAGAGAGCAAUGAGAAGAGCAAAAAGAAGCAGGAGGAGGUCGAGGAGACGGUCAACAAUCUCGUGCAACGCGCUGGCCACCACAUGGAGCACACGCUCAAGGGCAGCUACGCGGCGAUAUUAAUCGGCAAUCUGAUCACGGAUAAUGAACAGAACGAAACAAUUGUACGGCGGCAGCUGCGAGGGAACAGCUUUAAGGAGAUCGUAGGUGUUCUGGAGAAAUAUCACACCUUUAUGAAUCUGACUUCCAGUUUGGAGGCCGCCUUUGUGGCACACAUGAAGUCCACAAAGAAGAUCAUUGACAACUUCAAGAAGCGUGACUAUAUCUAUGAGCAUGCCGAUGAGGAUCACACGAUGUCGAUGCCACUCAAUCUGGAGACGACGACGCAUCAACAACAACAACAACAACAACAGCAGCAGCAGCAUCAGCAGGCGCAGGAGGCGCCCAGCAGUACGGCAAUGAGCAGUAACAACACUAACAGCAGUAGCAACAGCAGCAGCAGCACAAACACAACAACCAGCAGCAGCAGUAGUGGCGGCAGCAGCAGUAGCAGCAGCAUGCCACGUGUCUUCAAGACGUACAGCAGUCAUAGAUAAUCAAUGCUGGAUGACCAUGAAGCCAAAUCUGUGGAUAGUUGAAUGCUGAAAGCCUUCCACCUGAAACCCUGCCACCAAAAUAAUAAUUAUAUAUGUUG